AUCUUCAGGAAAAUCCUGCAGAUACCUAAAGGUCCUUCUGCGUCUCCUUUCUUCAUGUGUUUCUUAUAAGACCCGGCUUCCCAAGCUGCUGGCUACUCUCCUCUGAGAGCAUUCCAGGUUGCUAAUGUCCUACGUCAACCCUGAAGACCCAAACUGACUACAUUCAAGAGCUGCAGUCUGCAGAGAGUAACAUGUGGCCGAAGAAUACAAACCCAAUCUGUGAUGCCAGGAAUUUCCAAUAUCGUAGGCGGGGUUCCUACAGACAUUAGAGACUUCCCAUGGCAGGUGGCUAUUUUUGAAAAAGGGCAACAUCUCUGUGGAGGAUCUAUACUCAGUGAGUGGUGGAUUCUAUCUGCAUCUCAUUGCUUCUCAGAAAAAAAUGUAUCUGAUAUGGAGAUCAUAUAUGGUGAAGAAAACUUAAACAUCAACAACUUGACAAAGAUGAAAGUGGACAAGAUAAUUAUUCACCGUCAAUAUAACCCCUGGAUCUUGGAUAAUGAUAUAGCCCUGCUCUUGCUGGAAACCCCAUUAAUCUUUGAUUUCAAGAAAGCGCCCAUCUGCCUUUCAGCAGUCACCAACAUACACAGCUGGAGGAACUGCUGGGUAACUGGAUGGGGCAUUACUGUUCCAAUGUAUACUAAGAGUCCAGUGCUGCGGAAAGUUGACCUCACCCUGAUCCAAUGGAAAAAGUGUUCCCAUUACGUCUUCCUACUCACCAAGAACAUGCUGUGUGCUGGGAACACUGACAGUCUGAAGGAUGCCUGCCAGGUAACGGAGCUUGCCCUGUGCUUAUGUGGGGCUGCCACCAGGGGCUGACCAACAUUUCCAGAAUAGUUGGCUCCCCACUUCCUCUUCUGGAUGUUGGAUAAGAACAGAUGCUCUGUAACCAAUGGGAGGCCGGGAGUGGUUAAGGGUGUAGGUUCUGUAGUCAGAUCACCUAGCUUUCCUCCUGGCUCCUGUCCUUCUUGCCUGUGUGACCUACAAGUGACUUCCUAUGUGCUUAUGUCUGUUCUGAUUUCCUCCAUCUGUAAAAUGGGAGUAUUAGCAGUUCUUACCUUUUAGGGUUGGUGUGAGAGUUAAGUUAAUGCAUGCAAAGCACUUAGAACAGUACAGAGCAGUGUAAGGUAACAAGAUGUUACGUAUGUUAUUUUCUUCACCACCAUCCCUCACACCUGUUCAUUACUCUAUAGCAUACAAACUGCUUCCACAGAUACUUAAAAGGGCAGUGAAUUAGCUGUACGAGGCAGGCCUAUUUCAGGUGGAGAAACUGAGGAUCAGAGAAGCAAAAUGUCCUUGCUGAGGACAUACCAGUAAGUCAAGUACAGACCCGGGAUUCUAAUGAAGGCAUGCUGGCGUCUGGGGUGAGAACUAUCUUUUGGGCUCCAGCAGAAACGGGGAACCAAACCCAGCAAUCCAGCCGAGCCACACAUAGAUCUGCCUGGUUUGACAUCCACAAAAAUAAUAAUAACUGCCAUUGAUUAAGUGCCUGCCAUGGACCAGGAAGUGUGUUUAAUGCUUCACAGGUGUCAUUUCCUUCCAUUCACACAGCCCAGCUGUGGGAGAGGUACAAUUAUUAUCACCAUUUCAAACACCAAGGCUUAAACUGUUGAAGAAAAUUGUCAAAUUACUCAGCUAAAUAUUCACACUGUGAUUUGAACCAAGGUCUAUCUGAUUUUAGAAAUUUAACUGCUUAACUAUACUAUGGCUCUGCCUGAUAACUUUCACAUAGAUCCCUUAUCUACAGAGAAGUGAUUAUAGUUCUUCAUUUUAAAGAAAAGUCAUGUGACUUUCCAAUGACAUCAAGGAAUUUAGCAAAGAACCGUUUGGUUCAAAGUAAGUUGAUGAGCAUAGUAAUUUGGUAAAACAAUCUGGUAAAACAAAAUCAAAUAGCCCCUUAUCCUAGUUUUGCUGGUGUGGGUUUUUUUGUUUUGUAUUUGUAAUUCUGGCACAAAAUUGCUUUUUUCCAACUUUUUGUGUGCUGCU